AAAAGAGUACCUAUUCAAUCGUUUUUCUCCGUUUAUAUCGCCCUCUGUCAAAAACGAUGGGCUGGUUCUCAAGUUCCUCAGAUGCGCCCCAAAAGGCCUCCGACGGCGGUAAAAUUGCCCCCGAUCGCUCGUCCCGAGACAAAUGCUACAAAGGCCGAGACCUGUUUUUUAAAUGCUUAGACCAGAACGGCAUCAUAGACGCUAUAAAGAAGGACGGAGAAGCACGAGCGAAGUGCGCGAAAGAACUGCAGGAGUUUGAGAAUGCUUGCUCGGCAACAUGGGUGAAAUAUUUUAAAGAGAAGCGAGUAAUGGAAUACCGACGGGACCAAUCGAUCGAACGGAUAAAACAGGACGAAGCCGCCGGGAAGAAGGUCGGAAAUUAGAAAAAAAAAAAAAAAAAUCCCAGAAGUUUUUUGAAUGUUCGGCAUGUUACAUAUAUCAUGGAAAAGGCGCACGGGUUGAGUUGUAUAUUAUUGUAUUGUAUUAUUUGGGAGGUUUAUCAGAACAGCUCUUCUCUCCACCUCAACACCUGGAUGUGGGCAGGCAUGGAAUCGCCUUUCCUCAAGGAUAUGUAGCACGGGUCCACCACUUGUCAUACCGUUCAGACCCACCACUUAUUUUGUAUAUUAUUGUCCUUCAGAUAGAACUUAAGUCCAACAAAAUUAUUCCUAUUAUUCAUUGUCCGGCCCCACUGAUCGGGGUUUAAUAAAAAUUCAGAUGCAGAAAAAAAGAGACUCCAGAAGCUUGGUUGAGUAUCGCUAAAUGAGUAAUCAUGUGUGUGAAUAGCAAAUGGUUAAAAAACAGUUUUCAGAGCGUCAUCGUUUCCACUUCGCCAGUUGCUCAUUGAUGUAUUGGGUCUGAGAUGGGCCCGAAGGUAGCUGCCCCUUUGCGAGCAGAGCGGCCAAGUUUGUUUCCGCCUCGAGAGCAGUGUGGGCUGGGGGUUGCCCAAAUGACUGAACAGGGGCUGGAUUCUGGCUUGGAGGAAGUACAGAUAGCCCCGAGUUGUUGUUGCGAGUGAUAUUGCUCAGAAGGUUAGCGACAUUGGCUGCCGGCAGAGUAGACGGCGGAUAUUGUUGCUGCGACAAGGCGGUAGGAUUUUGUUGUAGUGCGCUAAGAAGGGAUUGGAGAGCCGGAGCGUCGAGACUUGAUAUGAGGUUUGCGACAUUGGACUGAGGACCAAGGGAGCUCUGUGGUGGGCCGGCUGCCUGGGUACCUAAGCCCUGUUGCAUGGCACCCUGAUUUGAUGUACCAAUGGGGAUAUUGCGUGCGUGAAUGGCGACCUCCGCCGCAACUUUCGGUUCAAGCCCGG